AUGGACAAAGAUUGCGACAUGGUAUAUAAGAACAUCUCUGACAUAUACAAAUCUGGGGAGUUUAAGACCUACGACAACUUUGUUUCGUUAGUUGCAAAAUGUGUAUGGCAGAUAAGAGAUAAAGAUAGAAGAGGUAAGAUAUGGAAUGAACAGAUAAAACCCGCAACUUUUGAGUUAAAGAGAGCAAUUGACGCCUUAGUCAUACUAGCAGGUAAGGUUUCAGAAUAUAACGCAAAAAUGAACCCACAAUGUUCUAAAUGUAAAGCAGCAAUGAGGAAAUAUAACUACUCCGUCAAAGAGAUAGAACGUAUGCGAAACGACUAUGCUGACUUAAAGAGGGAGGCAGAGAAACCAGCAGAAGAUAAAAUGGACAUGUUGACAUUUCUAAACAAAAACUAUCCAACAGCUGACGAUUUCCUUCUUUCAGAUGUCAAGAAGAAGUAUAAAGAAACCUUCGGCAUUGUUAAAACAUUCGAUGUACUGACAGAAGAAAUAGAAGCUACGAAAUUGUUUAGAAUUUCACGAAUUCACAAUGUUUACCAUGUAAAACGCUUAUAA